GUUUAUCUAAACAUUCCACUAGAUUUAAUUUAUAUACAAAACCUAUACUGAAUUUACGCUUUUAAGGUAUCGUUAUUUACCUUUAAUCAUAAAUAGACUGUAAAUACUAAUAAUAUAUUUUCGUUAUUUCUAAUUUGGUUGAAAUGACGAAUAAAUUAUCAUCGUAUUAUAUAAAUUGUCGCUCGUCAAACCUUAAGCCAUUGUUCAUUUUACAAUCAUACGUGCAAGUAAAGUACCUUUAAAAUUCAAAAUGGCCGACGAAAAAAAAUUUGAGCAACUGAAUUUGGAUGAAGAAAUCCUAGCCCCCUACAACCACCUCAUUCAAAUACGAGGAAAGCAGCUUCGAGAACAAUUAGUGAGAUCCUUCAACUUUUGGCUCAAGGUCCCUGAUAUUCAACUUAAAAAUGCGAUCGAUACCAUGACAAUGCUGCACAAUGCCAGCUUACUGUUUGAUGAUGUCCAAGAUAAUUCUCUAACCAGACGAGGACUACCUUCAGCUCAUUGUGUAUACGGCGUUGCUUUAGCUCUAAACGCAAGCGCUCAAAUAACGAUGAAGACUGUUCUUAAAGCGUCGGAACUAGUACCAAGCAGAGAAGGAGCCGAAAUAAUGGCAAAGCAGUUUAUAGAUGCCCUUACCGGCCAGGGCUAUGAGAUCUACUGGCGUGACAAUUGCGUCUGUCCUGAUGAGAAGACAUAUCUUAAGAUGCUUACUCUAAAAACUGGUACUAUGCUUUUACUUGGAGUGAAAUUGAUCCAGCUGUUCAGUGAAAAUAAAACAAAGUACGACGAUUUUGUUAUGAAACUUGGUCUUUAUCUCCAACUAAGGGAUGACUAUUGCAAUAUGGGACAUGAGAAGGAUUUAGAAGAAAUGCCAGGAGAGGAAGACGUCAAUGCUGACAAAGAUGGGUAUAUCCUAGAAGAUAUAACAGAGGGCAAGUUUACCUUGCCUGCGAUAUAUGCCAUGAAGACUCCAGAAGGACCGCAAGUGUUAAGCAUAAUGCGUCAGCGCACCAGAGAUCUGGAACUGAAGAAGUAUUGUUUGUCUCUACUGGAGAAGUCUGGAGGUAUGCAGUAUACAAGGGAUCUUUUAAUGAAGAUGGACAAGGAAGUUCGAGCUGAGCUUGCAACAUUAGGCGGUAAUCCUGUUUUGGAAAAGGUAUUGGAUGGUUUGAUGGGUUGGAAGAGUGAAAAAUGAUUCCUACGUACGUAUAUAAAAAUAAAAAAAAUUUGGAAAUGUUAAAUAUCCUGUAUUGAUUUCGUUGUGUUGUUUAAAUAACAUGAAUAAAUCAUCAUUCUGAAA